CGCAAAUCAGCGGUCACUGUCGCUCUCUCGGCGCAUAGCUAGCACAAGCUGAACUGCGUAAUUUCAUGUGUGAUGUCGCUGAAUACGAAGAGGAGUAUCAAUGCGGUCUCUACAUAGUUUACUUUCUAGAAACACCCUUUAAAAGCUGCAGAGUGAUAAAAAGGUUGUGCUGCAGUGGGUACUCAUUUCAAAAUGAACACCCGGCUGUUAGCUAACAAGCUUAUGUAGCAACAAAACGUUUAGAUUCAUUGCUAGCGAGCUAAUCGACCUGUAGAUAAAUUGUACACACUAAUUGAUAACAUGGCAGAAUCAUCGCCACUAUCAGGGGUUAAUGUUGUUUUGGUCAUGGCCUAUGGAAGUUUGGUUUUUGUGCUGCUGUUUAUCUUCGUCAAAAGGCAAAUCAUGCGUUUUGCAAUGAGAUCCCGUCGGGGACCCCAUGCACCCAUUGGCCACAAUGCGCCUAAGGGUUUGAGGGAAGAGAUUGACUCCAGGCUGUCCAAAGUCCAAGAGAUCUGUUUCGAACCUCGUCUCCUAUCAGAAGAAGACGACAGGCUGAAGCAGGGAUUGCAGAUUAGUUGCUACAACUACCUGUACAGAAUGAAAGCUCUGGAUGCCAUCCGUGACUCAGGAAUUCCUCUGCAGGAGAUAAGCCGCAGUCCUAGUGCGUUUACAGGACGCAACUUCAGGAACUGGCUGCUAGAGUUGCGCAACUCCCACUCUCUGAUAAAGAGCAGCCACAGCGCGCUCAUUGACCGAUUGCUUGAGGGCUACGACAGCGCUCGCCAUGGGACUGGGGUGUUUGGGGAGGCAGAGUUUCUUGAAUACCAGCAGGCUCUCAACGAACUAGCUGAUGUGGUGAAGGCCUAUUCCAGCACCACCAGUCUGGACCAGUAUCACCAGUCAGCAGCCAAGGACUUGACAGGAUCUCCGGUCCGCAGCACUCCUUCCACCAUCCAGGUCACCUACCUGCCCUCUACUGGCCAGCGCAGCAAGAGGCCCAAACACUUUCUGGAGCUCAAAAGUUUCAAAGACAACUACAACACACUGGAGAGCACGCUGUGAAACACUGCUGUUACAGACUGUCAGAAAAUGUUGGUAUGGUGUGUGUGACCAUGUCUGCACAAUGGUUACACAGCCUACUGAGAAACAAUAAAUUGUAAGAGGCUGUAACUUUGUUUUCCAACUGAGCUGUAAAACUGUGAUCCAAAAUUAAGUUUGGGAAAACUUCUAUUUUCUAUAAGUUAAGUAAUUUAAAAGACUUUUUUUUAUAACGGCUGUUAAAAUCUUGUUGUCACAAGAUUUAUUUCCUUUCAUUAUGAUGAAGCCCUUAUGUGGACGUGUUACACCAAUGGCUUUGAUUUCAUUUUGGACCUAAUGAGUGUGUUCAGAGGACAAAUGAUUGUAGCCAACCUGGCAAGGUUUUCAUUGUCAUUUUUGUAAUAACAGCAAAGUUAAUGACAAAUCACCUGGAUUCAUUUUUAUUUUUUUCUCAAAAGUCCAAAUGUAAAUAUGGAUGUACUUUUUGAUUGAUUGAUUGUGUUUGUAGGGAUGUAAGAUAUUUAUAUGGACGAUUAUAACUUAUUCAAUUGAUAAUGUGUGAUUUUUGUAUUUAUGUGAGGUUGUAUACUUUUGUUGU